AUGUCUAAUAUACCAACAGUAUUCGCAGAUAAAGACGGGUUUUGUAAUAUUGGUAAUGGUACUGCUGCUAACCACAACAAUAUUCUGUUAUGCUAUCAGGAUCCUAUGUUUUAUCAACCAGUUUUUCAUACUGAACCAUAUAUUAAAGUAGAUGUAAAAUAUAAAAAAAAAUUAAUUAAGCCAACCCACCAAGAAAUUAAUAAUUUUAAUUUUGAAGAUGAAUAUAGCGAUCAAGAUUACUACAGAGAUAAUGCUUCCUUUUUAAGAGAUAAUACUGAAGAUAAUCAAGGGCAACACUGGGAUGCGUAUGCUUGUUUGUUAAAUAAUUUAAAAGAGAGGCCAUGUGAUCAGGAAAAAUAUUACAGUGGUCAUUACAAUCACGAAUCAAAAAAGAUUGAAAAAUAUGAAGGGAAAGUACCUAACUAUAUAAAGAAAGAAGAUAAUCAUCACUUUUAUCAAGAUAUUUUAUAUAAUGUUUGCGGAGAAGAUUUAGCCUUUGAUUUGCCUAAAUUAUGUUUAACACACUUAUCUCGCCAAUUAAAAUUAUUCCAAGUUUUUUUUAAAAAAGUUUGUCGUUUACCAUUAGAGCCACUUGAAAGAAAAUAUGGUAAAAUUAGCGAUGCUGAUAUUAGAAUCAUCUUUAAUACAAUAUUAGAUUUAUAUAUUUGGUCCUUCAUUAAUUUUAAUGAAUUUUUCUUACAAAGAGUAAAAAAUAUAGAUGGACAUGUUAUAUUGGAUGAUAAAUUAAAGGCAAAUGUUUUACUCAUUGUUUAUGUUGGUACGUUUAUUGUGUUUUAUUACAUUACUAAUGCACAGAAAAAUAAAGCUAAUAAUGGAACCAUUAGAUUUUGGUUGGACCUAUUAGUAUCUAUAGAUUCCAUUCCGUACAUCAUCAAACAAUCGAUAUCUUUAAGCAAGUUUAUUAAUGAUAUUAGUUGUUUCUUUAUGUUACUAAAACUUACUCGACAUUAUUUGCAUAGUACUGUGGUAGAUUCCUUGGUGCUGGAUAAUAUUGGAUUACUUGUCUUGAUAACAGCGUGCUUAAUCCUGGCGUAUAACGUUGGUUUUGGUUCAUUAUUGAAUGUAAGAAAAGUUUUCAUAAAUAGGCAUAAAGGUGUCAUUGACAACACUUUUGGGAAGUAA